AUGGAGGCCAUCGCUGUGGAUCCAGACUUGUACGCCCCUGAGAGUUCUUAUAGCCCCGAUGACUGGCAGUCGGAAACUACCUCGAUUGGGUCGUCAAUCUAUCGUGGUUUGAUGGAUAAUGGGAGACGAUAUCAAUCGCUCUCCAACAAAGAAUACUGUAUUCCAUCCGAUGAGCAACAGUUUGAGACCUACGAGGCAGGACACCUCGUGGAUCUCAUUAUGGACUCAGAUCGAGCCAAUCCACUGUUUCGGUCACCCAUCGGGACCGACCGAGAACGCCCGCUACAGGUUCUCGAUAUUGGAACCGGAAAGGGAACUUGGGCCAUCGAUGUCGCUGAUAUGUUCCCAAAUGCCACUGUCCGAGGGGUCGACCUUUUCCCACCUCCGGUUACCUGGAUGCCACCCAAUUGCGUCAUCGAGGUCGACGAUGUGCUGCAAGAGUGGACAUGGCGCGAACAAUUUGAUCUGAUCCAUAUGCGCAAUAUGAUCGGAUCGUUUGACUCUGCUGAGUGGGACAUUGUUUACCAGCACUGCUUUGACAAAAUGGCCCCUGGCGGGUGGAUCGAGCAGAUCGAGGCCGGCCCUUUUAUCACAAGUGACGAUGGGAGUCUCCCAGCCGACAGUGCCUUGUCCUCGUGGGGUCCAAUUAUACAAAAGUGCGGUGAUCGCGCUGGUCGCUCUUGCGAUGUCGUCCUUACCAUGUCGGAUAGCAUCAAGAACGCAGGUUUUGUGGAUGUGCAUGAAAAAAUCUACAAAUGGCCAAUUGGGCCAUGGCCCAGAGACCAAAAGUUCAAGGAGGCAGGCGUGGUCAAUUGCCAACACUGGAUGUCUGGUAUGGAAGGAUGGUGUAUGUGGCUGCUAACGAAAUUUGGUGAUCCCGAGCCGUGGACUAAGGAGCAAGUUCAUGUAUACUGUGCCAAGAUACGCAGUGAACUCAAGGACCCACACUACCAUGCGUAUCACAAAGCGAGAAGAGUGUGGGCUCGCAAGCCGAUGCCUGGUGAAGUCCCGCCUAGGUCAUCAAAGUCCAGCUCCAGUUCCGCUAGGGCAAAACCAUGA